CUCGUUGGCUGUGCGCUCCGAGGCGUCACCAUCUGUCCUCCAGCAGCAGAGCUCCAUGCAGGCGUCCUCCCCUCCUCUCCUCACAUUGUAGAAACAGCUGUGGACCGUGAACCGUGGAGUGCGGGUCUGACACGGAUUACCUGGAUACCGGCAUUAAAUCUGGGUGGGCAUCAAGCUGAAAGGCAGCUCUUCUUUUUUCACAGUUUCUCUUUUUUAAUGGAAUCAUCUUCUACAACUUCAACCAUGGCGAGCAGGCUUCUUCACACUCUGCAUGUGUUACUGAUUCUGGAGUCGAGCUGGGGUAAAAUCGUGUCUGAGGAUUUUGGGGAAGCCGUGCGUAAAGGUGCUGAUGUCCCUCUGGCUGAAGAGCAGCGCGUAUUUGCGCACGAAGGCACCAAACGGGACAUGGUUUCCAUCAACAUGUUCAAAGUGUACGAGAAGUACAGCAAAGAACCGCAGAGCCAGAGAGAGGCAAACACCGUGAGGAGCUUCAAAGCUGUCCCGAGAGUCGUGCACGGCAAAGAUGUGUUCCAGUUCAACCUGUCGUCCAUGCAAGAAUCAGAGCUCGUCCUCCGCGCCUCUUUCCAUUUCCUCCAUAAGCGUCCACGCUACCACCAGCGACCGUGGCGUUUCCGAAAGCCUCGCCAUCCAUCCUCCGGCCCCCAGCCUCCCCCCUCUCCGCAGAUCCUCUUCCGCGGCUCGUCCCCAAACUCAGCUUUUGAGACACCGCUGGGGAACAUAACUCUGGCUCCUUUCAAAAAGGGCUCCUGGCAAUCAGGGGAUGUAACAGUGGUGGUGAAACACGCCCGGGAUUUGAAAGAGCUUGUGGUCACGGUGGAGUUUGACAUGGAGUUUGGGGCGCAGAAAAGCCCUCAAAGCCAGGAGCGCGUUUCUCCAGCCAACAUGCCGUAUAUUUUGAUAUACGCUGAUGAUCGAGCGAUAGAUGAGCCUAACAGCGUGGCUAUGUCACUCCAACGAUACGGGCCUUUCCCCAUAGCCGAGGAUGCAUCUUCCUCAUCUUCAGCCUCAAGGAUUCGGCGAGACGUUCAUCACCAGCUCCAAACCAACAACAUCCCCGAAGUGCAGUACAACACCCUGAAGAACCAUGAACUCUGGCAGAACACAUACUUCCCGGCGAAAGCCAAAGCCGCAGUUAAACCAGGAAGGAAGCAGGGUCAGGAGAGCAGCGAGGGCCUGGGAAAGCCCCAGGUGCUGAGCUUCGACGAGAGGACGAUGAAAAAGGCCCGGAGGAGGCAGUGGAGCGAGCCCAGGGUUUGCUCCAGGCGAUACCUCAGGGUGGACUUCGCUGACAUCGGAUGGAGCGAGUGGGUUCUGGCGCCGAAGUCGUUUGAUGCGUACUACUGCGCCGGGGCCUGUGGAUUCCCCAUCCCUAAAGUGGUGCGUCCUUCCAAUCACGCCACCAUCCAGAGCAUCGUCAGAGCGGUGGGAAUCGUGCCCGGUGUUCCCGAGCCGUGCUGCGUUCCCGAGAAGAUGAGUCCUCUCAGCGUCCUCUUCCUGGACACAAACAGGAAUAUGGUGCUGAAGGUUUACCCCGGCAUGUCUGUGGAUACCUGCGCCUGCCGGUGAAAACCAAUGGAAACUCUGCAUUCAGGAGGACAGCAGCGAGGACAGCUGGGGAUAAACUGAGCCGACUUACAGGACUCGGGAUUUCUGGAGUCUCAGAUCGAGAACUCUUUUGUGAAUCUUGUCCUUGUCUCCGUCAAGAUUGGACUUUGAAAAAGUUUUUCCCACUUAUCUAAUAUUUUUUAAAGACUUGUUUCUCUCAACCAAUGCCACCUUUAUUUCCCUUUUCUCCCCCUUCAUGCAAAAGCAGUUUAAAUAAGUGCACUUAAUACACACUUCUAUACUUCCCAAACACAUGAGGUUUCACUUAAACUUUGAUUGUCACUGUCUCUCACUUGUGCAAAAGCUCCUCUUGGCUUAAGGUUUUCAUGUAAAUGCAUGUGUUUGCGAAGUAUUUAACAUACAAAUGGAUAAAUGAGACCUGGAUUCUACUGCAGGAGUUGUGUGAAUGCAUGUAAAAGCACAUUUUGAUUCAGUUAAAUCCCAUCUGCUGCAUUUCAUCAAGACUUUUGACUAUUUUUGGAUUAUUCACCUUCUCAAUUCAAGGUAACACCGGGGUGAAAGAUGUAAAAACAAUGGCUUUUUGUGGGUAAAGUAAUCAGUUUCCGGACACUUUCACUUUUAUAAAGUGAUCUUGCUUUUAAUAUUAUUCAAGAUGAGACUCACAUGUUAAAGGGUCUCAGCCUGGACUCUGCUGCCAUUUUGGAAACGUUUCCAAGUUGACUAAGCUAUACGUUUUGGAAUACUUCGCUGCUUGGCCCUGUCUUUAGGAUCUGGACUCACUGAUGAACUGCUCACUGACUCAGGAGAGACACACAGACUGAUUUACACCCUUCAUCAUUCAACCCUCGUCAUGUAAAUACUGUAGUUACUAAUGCAAACUAAAUCGUACCUUUCUUUUGUUGCCCUUGAACCUCCCGUUUUCGUAAUCUCUUCCUUAACUAUCUUUUAAUAGCCACUGUUUAAAUCUUGUAUAUAUUUAUGACACCUGCUGACAGACGUUGUGUCUCUUGCUUCUGUUACAGCUGAGGGUAAAACAGCGCUCUGCUGCUCCCUGCUGUGCAUUUUGGGGAAGAUGAAGAGACUAAUACAUGCUUCCUGUUGCUAUUCAAGAUUUGCCUUUAAUAAAUAAAGAUGACUUGUACAGUUUGUAAUAACGGUAGU